AAAAUGCAUACAUCAAGGAAGGAGUGAGUUGGCUUAGGAUAAGAGCUAAUAUAUUUUCAAUUCUUAUCUUGUUCUCUCUUUUGUAAUAAUAAUAAAGAUUUUUAUAUCUUUAUUUUCCUUUAUGGAGAAAACAAGAAGAGCACAUAGAAACGGAAACAGAAACUCAAAUCUAUAAGAUCUCAUUAUCUUCUAUUUCUCUAUGGAUUGACAAAGAUUUUUCACCUUUUCUCUCUAAAAAAAUGUUUACUGCCAUUGACAAGAUUGAUCGGACUUUCACGGUGGAUCAAGAAUUUGCUUGCUUAUCGUCGUCGACGUCUUCUGAUUCGAUCGGGGAGAACAGUGACGACGAUGAAGGUGGAGAGAAUGAGAUUGAGUCUUCUUACAAUGGUCCUCUUGAUAUGAUGGAAUCUCUUGAAGAAGCCUUGCCCAUCAAGAGAGCUAUAUCAAAGUUUUACAAAGGGAAGUCAAAGUCGUUCAUGAGCUUAUCGGAAACUUCAUCUUUGCCGGUGAAGGACUUGACGAAACCGGAGAAUCUUUAUAGUCGUCGGAGGAGGAAUCUUCUCAGUCACCGGAUAUGUAGUCGUGGUGGGAUCUCAAAGAAGCCAUUCAAGAGUGUUUUAGCGAUGAGUCAACGAGAAGGAGACUCUUCUUCCUCCGGUGAUGAUUCUCUUCCGACUCUAAGGCAGCAUCAUAAGACUCUUACGCCGAGGCUGAGAAAAGGGAGUUUUGGUAAUUGUGUUCCCGUUGUUGAUUCGCCGCGGUGUUUCCAGACGGCGGCGGGAAGGAACAUCCAUAAUAUUAUUUGUUAGACCUUUUUUAUUUUCUUUCUGUUAUUGAGGAAUUUAUUUUUGGAAUUUUUACAUUGAUGUUACAUCUCAGAUUUAAUUAUGUUAAGAAGUAAUUGUUACUUUUGAAUAUAUCACUUUUUGUGUGUGAAAUUUUCAACUUUAUUUUUUCUUAAAGAUUUUCAACACUUUUAUCUCUUUUUUUUUCCUAU